AUGCUAAUGGUGGGCUUUUUUUAUUUUGUUUAAAAAAAAAAAAGCUUUUGGGUUUUGUUGUUUCGCCCUUGCUUUCAGUUAACGUCACCGUUUUAUCCACCUUAGGGAGGUUUCAGAUUCUGUGUAGACAUUGCCUGCCUUUGCAGCUUGGCUUUCUCUCAUCAACUUUCUCUUGUGGGAUUCUUUGCUUUAUCUAAACACAGAAGCGUUCCGUUUUACACUUUUUUUUUCAAGUUGAUAUUUUUUCAAGUUGAUAAGUUAACUCCAAAAGUGUCCCUUUCCUCUCCCUUUUGGGCUUUCUUCCUUUUUUUUGGGUUUCUGUUUGUUGUUGAUGCUUCUUCUGCUUCUUUCCUUUCUUCAUUCAAUAUGAAGUUUCUCCACUGUGCCACCGGAGUGAACAGAAACCAGAGAGGUUGCUAUUUUCAAAUUCUUUUCCUCCCUUUGUUUCUGCUUCUUCAUGGGGGGUUCUGCACAAUCAGAUCCUAAGAGCAGAUCAUACCUUUGGACUCUCUUCUUUGCAGCUUCUUUGAUCUGUAGUGCUUACUUCAUUGGUUGUUCAUCCUUUGGAAGUGAAUAUAAAGAAAGAUUAAGAAGAUGGCAAGUCAUUGAGAAAAUGCAGAGCACAACAUCCAAUAAAUGCCAGGAUCUUUGCAGGUCUUCUGGAAGUGAGGCAUUGCCCCAAGGAAUUGUUAGAAAAACAUCAGACUUUAAAAUGCGGCCUUUAUGGAACAAUUCUGUGAAAGAUAAUGAGCCAAAGCCUUCAAUGAGCUUAUUAGCACUUGCGGUUGGAAUUAAGCAAAAAGAAGUAGUGGACCAAACUGUUAAGAAGUUUCCUUUGAGUGAUUUUGUUGUGAUGCUUUUUCAUUAUGAUGGUGUUGUGGAUAAAUGGAGGGAUUUGCCAUGGAGUGAUCAUGCCAUCCAUGUGUCUGCAGUGAAUCAAACAAAAUGGUGGUUUGCAAAACGAUUUCUGCAUCCAGACAUAGUUGCUGAGUACGACUACAUAUUUCUUUGGGAUGAAGACCUUGGAGUUGAGAAUUUUAAUCCAAGACGAUAUCUGUCAAUUGUUAAGGAUGAGAGACUUGAAAUAUCACAGCCAGCUCUUGAUCCUGCCAAGUCAGCAGUGUCUCAUCCAAUUACUGCACGUCAACCAAAAUCAAGGGUGCACAGAAGGAUGUAUAAAUUUAAAGGCAGCGGAAGGUGUUAUCACAACAGCACUUCUCCUCCUUGCAUAGGUUGGGUGGAAAUGAUGGCACCUGUCUUCUCAAAGGCUGCUUGGCGAUGUGUAUGGUAUAUGAUCCAGAAUGACUUGAUCCAUGCCUGGGGCCUGGAUUUCCAGCUUGGUUAUUGUGCACAGGGUGAUCGAACAAAAAAUGUUGGCGUAGUUGAUUCUGAGUACAUUGUUCAUCUGGGUCUUUUAACUCUUGGUGUCUUCAAUGGAACUGAGUCUAAUUCUCAUUCUGGUUCGCAAGUUCAUCUUUCUCAAGAAAAGCAUUUUGCUGAGCCAUCGGAGUCCCAUGUAGUUGAUAACAGAGUAGAGGUAAGAAGACAGUCCUACUUUGAAAUGCAGAUCUUCCGGGAUAGAUGGAAAAACGCUGUAAAGGACGACAAAUGCUGGGUAGAUCCAUUUCAAUACUUAGCAAACCAAACUAAUAAUUAAACUUUAUUCCCUCAUAUGAAGAUUGGUGGCUACAUUCAUACAUGACAGCAAUAGCUUCUUGUACAAACCAUCCAUAUGAAUUUUUUGUUCGAAAAAAUCUCAAAACAGCAGAGGUAAAGUGUGUAAAUUCUUCAAGGAGAUUGAGAUUGUGAAUUUGUGAUUUCUUGGCUGCUGCUGCAUAGCCAGUGGUGUUCAUAUCUGGAUGAUCUCAGAGAGAUGUGGAACAGCCAAUGCAGAUUUCUGUAAUUUUAUGCUUCAUUUGAUCUUCUCAUUCAAAUGAGAAAUGGCAGAUAUGCCUGAUGUGUGAUUUCCUACUUCCCACUUUCAAAUUAUUGAUAAUUUUUUUGAA